AUGAGCAGUUCCUGUGUGACACUGGCCGAGGUCCUAUGGGCAAAAGGAAGCCCUUUAGAGGAAGAAGAAAUAUGGUCACUCUUGUACCUGGCCACAGUGCAGCUUCUGGAAGACCUUAACAAAGAUCCUGCCAUCUGUGUGAUUUGCCCAUGGUCGGUACUACUGUCUGCUGAAGGAAAUUUGUCCUUCCAAAACAAUGCAUCUCAGACAGAAGCUGUCCCUUUCAGCGCACCAGAAUUGUUCCAAAGGCAAAGUAAAAACCAGCGCACUGGACUAACAAAGAUGUUGGUGUAUUCCUUAGGAAUGACCCUCUAUUGGUCAGCAGACUACCAGGUUCCUCCAAAUCAGUCCCUCCAGCUGAGUGACCAACUACACAUGCUCUUGCUGACACUAUGUGAAGAUCUGCCACGUAAAAGACUUUCUCCUGAGUCAAUUCUGGAAGCAUGUGAGGCACAUCAGAAGGAAUCGGCUUCCUUACCAGCAAGUGUCUACAUAAAGAAAAUGGUCCAGUUUGCUGUGGGAAGUGCCAAUGAGGUAGAGUGGGUAGUCACCGAAGAGAGCACAGCCUCUCAGCUUCACAGAAGUCAUGUAAUAAGAAAAAGACUGCAUGAGAAAAUAUCGGACACCUCACCAUUGUCCUCCCAGAUGAAUUUUCACCAAGACAAAGGGUCCAGAUUAAUGAAUUAUAGUCGGUCAACAGAAGAUUACAGUCAACUCUCCGUGGACUACAGUGACUCUAAUAGUAUUUCUGAAAGUACAUCUUUGAUUCUCUCUAACCGAGGACAUGGGAGAGGGAAAGUUCAACAGACACACAGGUCAUGGGACCCCACUCUUAGUGGAUCAAGGACACAAAGCAGCUACAAGCUCUUCAUAAACAGGUCAGUCAGCGCUGUAGAAGAAAUCCCUAGUGGAACUCAGAAGAACAGCAGACAGAACCUGCUAAGUUUAGGUUCCACCUUCUCCAUGUCUACAAAGGACUACACAACAGCUGCUGCAUCGCAGAAAUGUUUGUUCCACAGGAAGGAAAAGUUUUCAGGUCCAGAAUUUAUUAUUUUGUCUAGUGAACCACCAGUGACCUUACAGCUGCCUGGAUCAAUUGUGACUAAAAAAGGGAAAUCCUAUUUGUCCCAAAGGGAUCUCAAUGUGAUUCUACUCAAUGGGCAGUGCCUUGAGGUGCAAUGUGACAUCAAGUCCAAGGCAAGAGAUGUUUUCAACACCGUGGUGGCGUACGCAAACUUGGUGGAACAUUUCUACUUUGGCUUGGCUUACCUGAAAGGUAAAGAAUUCUUCUUUUUGGAUGAGGACACCAAACUCUACAAAGUGGCCCCAGAUGGCUGGAAUGACCAACCCAAGAAGAAAACCUCCAUCAUUAAUUUCACACUUUUUCUAAGGAUAAAAUUCUUUGUCAACCACUUCAAUGUUAUCCAGCAUGGCUUGACAAGGCAUCAGUUUUACCUGCAGCUUCGUAAAGAUAUUUUGGAGGAGCGAUUAUAUUGCAAUGAUGAGACUGCCCUGAAACUCGGCGCUUUGGCUUUACAGGCAGAGCUUGGCAAUUAUGCUUCUGAGAUGCACGGAAAGAGCUAUUUUCGUGUUGAAGACUACAUUCCAGCAAGCCGAAUAGAGAAAAUGACCUUGGCAUAUGUACAGCGAGAGCUUGCUAAAUUACAUCGUAUGAAUCGUUCCCUAUUUGAGGAUGAAGCUGAACUAGAAUUUUUAAAGGUGACUCAGCAACUUCCUGAAUAUGGAGUGUUAUUCUAUCGUGUGUCCCCAGAGAAGAAAGCAGCGGGAGGGGAAAUCAUCCUGGGAAUCUGUGCCAAAGGCAUCAUUGUGUAUGAAGUCAAAAAUCACACAAGAAUUGCCAGUUUAAGAUUCCAGUGGCGUGAAACAGAGAGAAUUUCAGCUCAUAGAAAAAAAUUCAUGAUUGAAAGCAGCUUCAGUGGCAAGAAACACACCUUCAUUACCGAUACAGCAAAAACGUGUAAAUAUCUACUGGAUCUCUGCUCUGCGCAGCACAAAUUCAAUGCUCAGAUGAAUUCUAGGCAACUUCGGCAAACUUCAUCAGAGGAAAGUAAAUUUUUGGAAAUAGACAAAUCAAAUUCUGCAUACGCAGCUCAGCGUGAACACCUUGCCCUGAUUCAGAGACUGUCUCGUUCAGAGAAUGUGCUUUAUGGAGGAAACGUGGAAAACCUUUCUGCUGGGAUGAUGAGCAAAUCUUGUGAUAACCUCAGUGUGGAAACCAACACCAGGACUAGACACAAAAGCAACCUUGGCAGAUCCACAUCAGGGCUAUCCCAGUCAGAAAUGCACAUCAAUCUGAAUGGAAAGCAAAGGAGUUAUGACUACCUCUCCAUCCAUUCAACUCAGAACACAAUCAGUGCACCUGGAUCACCAGCCAUCCAAAAGGAAGUUUUGCUAAGUGGUCUAGAAAGAGAAAUCAUUUGUGUCAGCCUAAGACGUGACCCUAAGAAUGGAUUUGGUUUUGUAAUUAUUGGAGGAGAAAAUGUAGGAAAAUUAGACCUUGGUAUCUUUAUUGCUUCAAUUAUCCCUGGAGGACCUGCAGACAGAGCUGGAAACAUCAAACCAGGAGGACGACUCAUCUCUGUGAAUAAUAUUAGCCUUGAGGGUGUUUCAUUUAAUACUGCAGUUAAAAUCAUACAGAAUUCUCCUGAUGAAGUGGAACUCAUCAUCUCUCAACCCAAAGACAUGUAUGAAGACGGAGUAAAUGAAGAAAAGAAUCUAUCAAGAGGAAAUAGCACUAGCGGAUCUGAAAUCUCUUGUGUAGACAGUGGAAGAAAAAAGAUUCAGGAUUGUCAUACAGCUAUCCCCAAAGAUGAGAACAUAAAUGUAGAUGAACUUGAGAAGGCACUUUCCUGGAGUUUAGCACCAAAACUGGCUCCUAGAAUUACAGUUCCUUCAGCUGAUAGCCUGGAUGUAGAGGAAGCUGAUUCUUCGCACUUACCAUCUUCAUCUGAAACCAACUCAAAGGAAAUCUAUACUGUGGAGCUUGUUAAAGAAGACGGGACUUUUGGAAUCAGUGUGACUGGUGGAAUUAACACUACUGUGCGUCACGGUGGGAUAUAUGUGAAGUCAAUUAUUCCUGGUGGACCAGCAGCUAAGGACGGACAGAUAAAGUCAGGUGAUCGUCUGCUGGAAGUAGAUGGUAUCAGCCUCUGUGGCAUCACCCAUAAACAGGCUGUGGAACACCUUAAGAAAUCCGGCCAGGUUUGUGUAAUAGCAGAACUCAAUAAGAUACCCAGUAGCAAAAUUGCCAAGCUGGUUCUAGAAAGGGGAAGCUACCAACUGGCAGAGCCAUGCCCGACUGCUAAUGACAGAAAGGAGGACCAAAGUACAGUUGUUUCUGAGGCAACAUCCUUCACAGAUGGUAGCAAGGACUACUGCUUUUUGACAGAUGAUAAUACAUUUGAAGUCAAAUUGACAAAGAACUCUGGAGGCCUCGGCUUUAGUGUUCUGCAAAUGGAAGGAGAUGCUUAUGAACACCUUGGAGGAGCUAUUAUCAGGAUCAAAAGACUGUUUUCAGGGCAGCCAGCUGAAGAGAAUGGCAAAAUUGAAGUUGGAGACAUCAUUUUAGCUGUGAAUGGAAAAUCUGUUCAAGGACUCCUGUAUCAGGAUGUCCUGCACUUGUUGAGAGGAGCUCCUCCAGAAGUCACCCUACUGCUUUGCAGACCACCAAAAGGUGUCCUUCCAGAAAUAGUGCAGACUGCCCUGACUCCAGCACCAUCUCCAAUUAAGGAGUUUGUGGCAGAAAUGCCAGGCCGCACAGAGGCAGGAAAUAGUACGGAUCAGUCUACCAGUGAUGGAGGCAGCACCUCUCCAGACCUCGAAGACUGCUUGGAUUCUCCAGAGGCAGCAGAUUUCAGUGAGCCUCCUGAAGAGGACAGCUCAACUUAUGAAGAGCAGGAAGCUGAGUUUCGAGAGAAGCCCAUAGAAAACCUCAUGACUUCAAGGGAAGGUUUUUAUAAGCAUCUUUGGAAGUUUCACCAAGAAGCUGCCAGUUCUGAAGUCUACCACUCCUUAGAGGAAGAAAUGAAGCAGAACUGCUGCUCACCAUCUGAAUUUGCAUGGGCCAAAAGGUUGUGUCUGUUUGCUUGGGAGAUGGUAGACAGUUCUGUUGUAUCAGAGAGCAAAAGGGCCUAA